AUGAAUAACGAGGACAAUAUGGACACCUCUGGAGAAGCAACAGACCAGCCUCACGCCUUCCACGAAGAAAGCGAGGACCCGGUUUCUCAUCUCACUCAACUGACCGACGACAUCACCAGUCAGCUCGCCGGAGCAUUUCACAUCACAGACCAUCACGAUGACCCGCUUUUCUUUCCAGCUUUGUUUACAAAUCCUUUGAAUAUGACGGCAACAGAGCAGGAUUUAAGGGAAGACCCCAGUGCAAUGUCCCUAGACUCUUCUCCCCAGACUCUGCACUCAGUGUUUGGAGCUGGUGCGAAGCCCAACACACAACAAUCUUCUUCAACCAGUGCUGGUUCUCAAGAGAUCAACGAUACAACUGCUGCAGCUCGCAAUCUCGCAGGCAUUCUGAAGAAGAAUAAAGGCGCGAAGACGGGGAAGAAGGUCCAGUUCGCAGCCUCUCCAGGAAAGGUAGUAAAGUGCUACAAAUCUUCUCCAGCAAUGGCUUCCUGGCUCCGUCCACUUAAGUCCGUCCUUGAGUACGUCUGGCCUCAGGAAAGACAGACUGCCAAGCAAGACAAGAAAGUCAUUGUUUUCCGCCGAGCAAACCUCGUGGAUAGGGAGAGUGACAAGGACGAGGACAAGGACGAAGAAGGAGCAGGCACGGACUACCACGAUAGCUCUCCAGUUGGGCGCGCGAGCUCGAUCGACGACCUGGUUGGUUACAUUCGCCAGACCACAGCUUGUACUAAGCAAACGCGCAACCCCAAGGAAGAUUGGAAACGCAAGAGAAGUGGUGACACUAGGAUUUGGAAUUAUAGAAACCCAUGGUGCACCAAAUGCUACGGGGAAUGCCCUCUUUGCGGUUCCGCCUGUUGCGUGUACGAGGAGCUGAGGCGCGCAGUCGCGGAUGAGGGAACUGAUCCUCUAGUGGCACGAGACCGCAGACGGCUAAUGGGCCUCAUGGAGUCUGUGGGAGCCUACAUCAAGGACGCGAGCACGUUCUCCUUGUGUUCAACGCCAGGUUGCGGAAAGCAUGUCUGCCCGUCCUGUUGCGGAAUAUGCCCGGACAGGACUUGCCGAGACAUACAGUGCAAGGAGUGCAAGGCAGAUCCCUGGGCCGUAUGCGACUGGCACGAGUAG